GGACUGGCCUGGCUGCCGGCAGAGUAAUACAGACAUUUCGUGGUCGGGCGACUCGACAGCAGUCCCAACCCCCCGACCAGGAAUUACGGACAUCAAUUGAGGAUCGUGAAAUGACCACUCCUGUAGAACGAGAACAGCCUGAUACUGACACCCGCUCCUCUCGGGACGAUGGUCGUAGUGAAGUCGCUCUAAAACCGGCUGUGGCGAUAAUCACCCUAUUCUUUGCAAUAUUCACUGCGAUUAUGGUAUUGCGGUCUCUGUACAAGAACCUUGUCACUCUGGGGUUAUUAGGUAACAUGAUGCUGGCGGGCACCAUCAUCUUUGGAGGUGACCCCGUGGUCGUUCCUCUGCUUCGAGAGUAUGUUGUGGAGGAAGGAUGGGUGUCAUCCAGAGACUUCCUCAUCGUUGCUGUAUAUCUGGGUGCACUUGCUGCUUCAUCGGCCGGAGUCGGCUCAUGGAUUGCCGCCCUCCUUGCGUUUGUAGGUAUUUUCUUCUCUGGGCUAACUCUGGCCACUGGUAUGGACGGCGUGUGGAAGUACUUGAGACGAUAUCAAGUGGUUACCUCUGCGCUGCGAGGGGUCAACGCAGCAGCA